CCCUCUUCCAAAACAUACGUCCAUGCCCUCCCUCAUCGUCUCUCUGCUGCAGACGGGCUGCAGACAAAAGCCUUUCUAAGCAGAGUGUCCAGAGCUUCAGGCGUGUUCAUGAACAAUUGCAAAAGUUACGGGGAAAGGAGAACUAAAAAUAAGUAAAACAGAGGAGAACUUAAGAGAAUAAGAUGCUGACUGAACAAAGGAGGCACAUAGAUUGGACUCUGAGGAAGAUGUGCUGUGCUGCAUAUCACUAUCUUAUCCUUGCAGUGCUUUUUAUUUACUGGCCUCUGGGGAUUUCUGGACAAAACUUGCAUGAACAGGAUGGCGUGUGCAAUGCCGAGGGAUGCUACUCCAUUCACCUCCAACGCAAGACUUUCCGUGAGUCUUGGAGGAGCUGCAAGGAGAAAGGGGGCAACCUGGCUACAGUGAAGCGACCAGAAGAGGCAACACUGAUCCAUGAGCUGCUCUCUGCUGGAGAACGGCGAGGUCCCAGACCCAGACUUAGGCUAUGGAUUGGUCUCCAGCGGCAGCCUCGCCAGUGCUCUGCCACUCGUCCCCUGAGGGGCUUCACCUGGAUCACAGGGGACCAGGACACACAGUACACCAACUGGCAACGUGAUGACUUACCCAGUGCCUGUACUGCACCUCGCUGUGUGGUAAUUACUUACAACACCGCAGACAAAAGCAGUAGUGACCAGAGCAACUUCAAGUGGCUAGAUGGUUCUUGCAUGCUGGCUGUGGAUGGUUUCUUGUGCCGCUACACUUAUCGAGGGAUGUGUCCAGCCCUGAAGAGUGAAGGGAGAGGCCCUGCGCUCUACACCACCCCCUUCAACCUGCUCAGCACACUGCUCACCCAUAUCCCGUUUGGCUCUGUGGCCACUCUGCCUUGUCCAGAAAGUACCAAAGGAGACCAGUCUGUGCUCUGCAUGCUACAUGAGGACGGAAGUGUAGGAUGGUCCAAGGAUGCACCUCUCUGCUCCGAUGCUCCGAAGGAUUGGUGUGAGCAGGACAAUGGAGGCUGCGAGCACUACUGUGUAAAUGAAGGUUCUCACUAUCACUGUGAGUGCUCAGACAAUUUCAACCUAGGGAAGGAUGGGCAGAGCUGCCUGCCUUUGGACCCAUGCCACAGCGCAGACUGUGAGUUUGACUGUGAACCCAGCUCUGGGGGAUACCGCUGCAAGUGUCCAGAGGGGUACCUCCUCUCGCAGGAUGGUCAAAACUGCCUUGAUAUUGAUGAGUGCUCCCAAAAUCCGUGUCCCCAGAUCUGCGUCAAUGCGCCCGGAACGUUUGAAUGCCGCUGCCAUGAGGGCUACCAGCUGUCUGAGUUUGGAGAGUGUUUGGACGUGGAUGAAUGUAAGGAAGACAGCUGCGAGCAGUCCUGCGAAAACUCCCCUGGAUCCUACACAUGUCUAUGCUAUGAAGGGUUCUCUCCUCUGCCUGAGGAUCCAGACCGCUGUGAAGAUAUUGACGAGUGCCAAAUUUCUGGCACUUGUGAGCAGAUAUGUAAAAACUACAUGGGUGGAUUUGAGUGUCACUGCGAGACAGGCUUCGAGUUGCACCAGGACCAAUAUACAUGUGUGCUCGUUGAUAAAGAAGCCGGGCACUACACAACUGUUGAACCAGCUGAUCCAACAUCCCUCCCUUGGGACGACACUAGCUACACGACUGAUGUGGUGACAGAUGCCAGCACUCUGGAAUGGCUUACUGAUCCACCAAGCAUGGAGUGGCUUCCCAAAGAUUUGGGCUGGUUUACAGACAUACCAGAGGAGAACCAUAUUACCUCACAGGAACCCGGGUGGACAGAGAAGACCACCUAUUCUCUAACAUCAGAUGCUAUGACCUCAAGUACACCUGCUGGUUCAAACAUUGACGAUGAAGCAAAUCUCUGGUCUGACGACAGGAUAUCAGCAGCCAUUGAUGAGACAGUAAAAGGUGACCACAGGAUGUCAACUGCAUCAUCACUUGCACCAAAGAACAAAGGACAUUCUGAUAGGAUCACUCCAUCAACAUCCCAAAUGCUUGAGGGUAGUUUACCAUCUGCUGCCAGCCCAGAACAACUUCCAGGUGGCAAGAAAAAGCAGGACAGAAGCUGGCUGCUAGUGGCACUAUUAGUGCCUCUUUGUGUCUUUAUUGUGGUUAUGCUAGCACUAGGCAUUGUGUACUGCACAAGCUGUGCUGUUGAGCCACGCAACAAAAGUGUGACAGACUGUUACAGCUGGACCACCAACUCCAAACCUGCAAAAUCAAAUUCUGCAAAAUCUCAAGCCUGAGAAUUUUGCAUAAAACAUUAUGACUAUUAAAAAAAAACACAAUGACCCCAAAAAAAGUUUGUCAGUUUCUCAUCAAACACAUUGAUGCCACUUUGGUAUUAUGAAUUCCAAGUUACAGAUGUUGGACAGUUUUUUUGAGACUCAAUUUAACCAAAGGAUGGUUCCAGUUGGAAGCGAAGAGGGACGUCAGAAGUCUUAAUGCAAACACAUUCUCAUCAGUAUUUUACUGUAUUUGUGUAGGUGCUCAUAGAAUAGUACUGUGUUACUCAUAAACCAUAAGUUACAUAAUGCUACAGUCAUUGUUUUCAGAAUUUAUUCUUUGGAAUUGUGCAGCUUACCACAGACAUGAUUUUUUUUUCACAUUUACUAAACUGGACAAACGUGUUGCUGAUGUUAAGUGAUUAUUCAUGUGUUUGCAGCAAACUAGGCUUACGAUUGCUAUGCAUACCCAAAUUGAUCUCAGUGUCCAUUUUUACUGAAUUAUAUGCAUUCAAGAUAGUCAUAUUGCUCAGUUGUGUAUAACGUGACUCACUGAUUGUAGUGUUAAAAAGGAUUUAUGAAAGUCUUUAAGUAAUUUCUAAAUUGUGCAAAUUACUAGCAGUGCCUUUUAAGUAUUUCUUUUGACCCAAAAUAUUGUAAAGCUAUGCACUGUAUGACA